AUGUCCGCAAAACUCCUUUCGUUUAUCGCCUCUCGCAACUACGCACUGUUGGGCGCAGGCCUGGCUUUGGGGGCCGGCUUUGAGUUGUUCAAGGUGAUCCAUUUCAACAUUGGCGGCAUCAGCUUCUACAACUCGUUCAAGAAGAAGCAGCUCAGCAAAGAAUUGGCCGAGUUUGAGCUGAGAUUAGAGAAAAAUGACCAACUCAUUGCUGCUGCCCACAACAAGCCCGCC